AAUCUUCUUGAUCCAACUGGAACCCAUGCUACAACUAAACAGGAAUAUUAGCGAGAAGAGCUGGAUAGCAUUGCGAGACACGUGCAUUAUUUCAUAAUCUUGUAAUCAUCAUCAAAAGGAAAUUCAUGGACGAUACGAACAUAUCGGAAUUUCAUAGAAGAAACACAUUGUUUUACAAUGGCAAAAAAUUUAUCGAUGAUGAAUGUGAAUUAACCACAACAUUAAUCAAGAUUAAAAUACAAAAAAGUGAUCUACGGCUACAAAGAUGGUUAAUUAUUAUUGUGCUAUUAGUUCUUCUGUUAAUGUCGUUUCUCAAUAAUUGCAAUAUUAAUCCAUUUCGGAUCAUUCGAUUUGAAGCAAUGGCCAAAUCGAUUACUCCAGAUAUAGUAAUGCAAGAACAUUUAUCGUUAUUACCGAGGGUUUAUACACCAAUGGGCAAUGAUGGCUUCCUAGUUCGCAACAAAGGAUGCUAUCUACCCGCGAUGGAUCCUUUCGAUCCUGAAACUCGACAUUUUAUAAUUAAAGAGUCAUUCGAAUGCGAAUACGGAAAAUCUCUGCCACUAAUUGAGUCGAAUAACACUGCGUUGUUUAUUAACCCUCUGGUAUCGAACGAAUUCAACAAUAUUAAUUGUUGUUGGCGACCAUUCUGGCGAACGAAAAAUGAUGAUAAUGCUAUUACAUUUGACCAGCAGUGUUAUCCAUUUCAAAAUUCCAUUGCUAUAAACGCUGAAUUCGUGAAGGUUGAAUGUUCUCGUAACAACCAAGUGACAUAUAAGGAUUACUAUGUUUUUCUACCGCGCAAGCCUUUGGUAGAGGAAAGAUGCAAGCAAGCGUUAAGUAAGAACAAGUUCCUCGAGGAUCGUCUCAGCAUUCUCGUCCUCGGGAUCGAUUCAGUUUCCAGAAUGAAUUUUCAUAGAAUGAUGCCGAAGACUGUGAAGCUGCUUCACUCCCUCAAUGCCGUGGAAAUGCUGGGUUUCACCAAAGUCGCCGAAAAUACAUAUCCUAAUCUCGUCCCGCUACUGAGCGGUUUGAAUCAGGACGAGUUGCAAAAACUAUGUUGGCAGACCCCUAAGGAAACCUUCGACGAAUGUCCGUUAUUAUGGAAGAAUUUCAGCACUGCCGGUUAUCGCACGAUAUUCGCCGAGGAUGCAUAUACCAUGACCACAUUUAAUUAUUUGAAACCAGGAUUUCGAGAUGAACCGACGGAUUAUUAUCUUAGACCAUAUUGCCUCGGCGCUGAGAGGGAUAUCGGCAAUACUCGCAAGCUAAACGCCAAUCUUUGUAUUGGUACCAGAAAGACAUUCGACUGUUUACUAGAUUACAGUCGUAAAGUGGUGACAGAAUUCUCCUCGGAGCUUUAUUUCGCCUUUAUUUGGCAGGCCAGUCUCACUCACGAUUAUUUUACGUAUCCGCAGUUAGGUGAUGACUCGUAUCACGAUUUCAUCGAGUACGUGUCGCAAAAAGAUCUAUUGAAUCGCAUUGUCUUGAUCGUGAUGAGCGAUCACGGAAUUAGAUGGGGUAAAUUUCGACAAACAUAUCAAGGUAAGAUCGAGGAUAGUUUGCCAUUCGUCUUCAUCGUGUUGCCGAGAUGGUGGCGAGAGAAAUUUCCGUUAGCUUGGGGAAAUUUGCGCAAAAACAGCCAUAGCUUGGCGACCGCCUUCGACCUUCACGAAACCUUGAAGGAUCUAUUGAACCCGCAAAGUCUACACGAGUCAUUUCUUAAGGAACGCAUCAAAGCUCAGGCCUCAUCGCCUAUUCCACGCGGCAUUAGCUGGUUCCUACCGGUACCAGACAUUCGUACCUGCGACAUGGCACAUAUACCAAAUCACUGGUGCAUGUGUCAUACCAGCAAUACCGUCAUCUGGAACGACACCAGUCUCCAAGACAGCGUGUCAUUUUUCGUCAGGGAAUUGAACGACAUGCUAAGCGGCUAUCCUCUGUGCGCUACAUUGAACUUGAAGCUGAUCAAGGACGCGAAGAUAUGGUCCGACAACACGGAUGGCGCGAAAUUGUUGGAUUACACGGUGACUAUACAAACUACUCCAGGAGAUGCGAUUUUCGAAGCUACAGUGCGUUACAAGGCAGACGAUAAUAGCCGCAAAUUGGUUGGUUCGAUCAGCAGACUGAACGCUUAUGGCAUUCAGAGUGCUUGUGUUGAUGAGUUUAAUAUACGACUGUAUUGUUAUUGUCUAUAUUAGGCGUGACGUUAAAGCAACGAUUACUUUUUUUGUAUCUUAUAAUUUAAAUCGAAGCCUUGAUCAAGGAGGCUCAGUCCUCCUUGAUUUAUAAAAAAAAUUAUCACAGCUGGAGAGUUUCGGGAUGGACUCUAUUUAAUUUCACAAAAAAACAUUCCUGCGCUUUUAUCUGAUUUUUUUUUAUGAAAAUGGACAAUAUUGUAUCAAGAUAUCCAAG